CAUUACACCGUUCUACACUCUAAUUGUGCAAUUCAGAAAGUAAACAUCAAGAUUCGAGAUUUUAUAUUGGACAAAACAAAAGUGUUUCGAUGCACUCGGCAUAUACGUGGAUAUUUGCGACAGGAAUCAUUGUAUUUUUUGUUGUCCUUGUGAUAUUGUUAUUCUUUACAAGAUCACCUAUCGAGUUACCGCUUUCCUUCAACGGAGAUUUAGAAGAUCUGCUGCUUUCUGAUGCAGAAGAAGAUAUUGUAAACUUAUCAGAAGAUGCAAGGCUUAGUUACGAAAGCGCAAGAACUUGGCAAGAACAUCACCCGCCUAACAGCAUUCCUACUGACAUUACUCCACCGCAAUAUAUAAGUAUUCAGGAAAAGGGGGUCUCAGCAUUUGAGUUUGAAUGGGAUUUGGAAGCCAAUUGCUUUGUCGCCGGUCGAACAGAAAUACAGUUUAUGGAAGGCGAAAAUUGCGUACAGACGAACUUGCCUUUACCAAGGAACCAAGAAGUGUAUUACUGGGAGGCGAAAAUGUUUGACAAACCUGAAUCAACAGUUGUAUCCGUAGGUGUUGCGACGAAGCCAUAUCCCAGCUGGAGAUUGCCUGGUUGGAAUCGAUUUUCUAUUGGGUACUUCUCGAGCAAUGGGAACAAGUAUUUUAGCUCACCUUUCAAUAAUAAGCACUAUGGCUUACCGUACAAACAUGGUGAUGUUAUUGGUGUCGGCUAUAGACAUCGGACAGGAUCCAUUUUUUUUACGAGGAAUGGUCGAAAAUUAGAAGAAGCCUAUACAGGUUUAAGAUGGAACCUGUUCCCCACCAUUGGUGCGAAUGGGCCUUGUCAGAUACACGUGAAUUUGGGUCAGGCAGGCUUUGUAUUUGUGGAAGCCAAUGUUAAAAAAUGGGGAUUGGCUCCAUCGCAAGGCACGUUAUCACCACCACCUGCUUACGGAAUUGAGCGUGAUACAGUAUUAUUGGCAAUGGGAUCACAACCAAGCCUUCAAGAUCAACACUGCGAUAGAAAUCUGCAGCAACAGCAGGAAUCACCGGAUAACUCCACAUUAACCCGACCGUAUGCCGCUUUGAUUGAUAUGAAUGGUGCAAGAGUGCCACAUGUUCCUCGUCGGCCACCAUCUUAUAACGAGCAUCAUCAUCCAAAUGAACAAACGAACAACAGUGGCCCUACCGAGAAUGGUAACAGUAGUAGCAGUAGCAGUAGUAGUAAUAACAGAAAUGAUAGUUAAUUCAUCCGUCAUCAUACCAUCAUCGUCAUCUUCAUCGUCAUCUUCAUCAUCCAAUAUGAGCCCAUCAUCACCUCUCGCUUUCAAUGAUGAGCCCAACUUAUAACCCAUUUUUCGAAUUCCCCUUGUCCCCUCUCGUUUCACGAAUUUUGAAUAUCGUCAGAUUCACUGAAAGAUUUUAUUUUAUUUUUUUCUUUAA